AUGGCAGAAUCGUCCCCGCCAGAGCUCUGCACCCCGCCAGUAGCUUCGGUCAAAAACACCACGACUAGCGAAUCUAUGGAGGACACUAACUCUCAUGGGACUCGCAAACGUCCGCGCCUUGAUAAUGGAGCUGAUGGUGCCUGUGAUCUGAUGCCCGUGGAUGGUCCUUUUGACCCUAGCGCGAAUGCCGCCGAUAUGGAUAUUGAACCUGGCUCCGGCGGUCACCCCAGCAAAGUCACAAUUAAUGUGAAAUCUCCCUCCUCUAACAGUCAUAACAAACCUUCCUCCUCUCCACGAAGCUCCCUCGCCGAAUCUGAGUCCCACCACUCCACCAACCCACCCAAUGUGAUCUCAAUCUCGUCGUCUCCAACUUCUAGUCCACAGAUACAAGUUGCUGAUCUGGAGGAUUUGGACCAAAGCCCCAACCCUUCAAACUGGAGACCGCUGGAGGAUGCUUUGCGUGAGCAUCAGGAGAAGAUGGCCAGGACUCGAACCUCUCAGACCUCUUUGUCUCCCGUGGACUCCUUCCCUAGACUCCGCACAACUCUUAACCCAAUGGAAAAUCUUCUGGCUGUGGUUGAUGUCAUUGACCAAGGCGAUGCGCGUGGUGACAAAUAUCUCUUGAGUGUAAUGAGGUGGUUUGAAGAUCUCGCGGACGCUUGCGAAACGGCUAUUACCCCAGAAGUCAUUGCUAAUAAUCGUGAUUUCUGGGAUGAUAUUCCUAAGCGUAUCACGUCUUUUCUGCGAUUUCGAUCACUUCCACUACAAGAUGGACAAUCCUACUCCUACUGGGAGGCACGAGAGGAUAUUUUCCUGGCUUUUGCCACAAUAACACUUCGUCUAGUGCGUAUGGACAUGAUGGUGCUUGACUCCGAUGAGCCAGAAAUGCCCGAUAGCUUUUCUCAAGAUUGGUUGCAAAUCCUUAUCUGGAACCUCAAUCACUCCCUCAGCAGUCCUCACUAUAGCAACUUUGUGAAACGGGUGCAAACAAAGCUCCUCGCAUCUCCAUUCAAUCUCGUAACUGAGGUGGCUGGCUUUGUCGCUCUGAUUCUCAAUAUCAGCACCCCUCAGCACCCACAUCUAGUCCAUAUUUUGCCCAUGGCUCUGUCACUCGCUAGCACUUUCCUUGAUAAAAUGUGGAAACCAGACCUGGAGUCCGAAGAAUCGUCCGAUGCCCCAAGCUAUGUUCACAUCAUUUACGAGAUGGUGCGGUCGAUCAACUCCGAAUACCAAGAAUGGAUUGCGAAAAAGGUACCAUGGCUCUCAAGUGAACUGAGCCUUGAGUUCGUGCGCUAUUUUGGCAAAAACUACUCCAUACUAUGCGACCGGGACCCGAAGUAUGCGCAACAGAUCUCAGAGGAGCUUUCAGUCGAGCUUCCAGAGAAUGAAAAAGGCAAUAUUGCUCAAUGGAUAUGGAAGUUCAAUGUUCUCAAAAAACAUAUCAUGGAAGGUCGCAUGGAACUCCGUGUUCAGGGAGUUGAAACGAUGCAGACAGAUUUGGUCUGGAUGUUCCAAGACUUUGAGAGUAGGGGCUCACCUGCUUUAACUCAAGCCCUGAUCCGGUUCAUUAGAGAGAAUAUGAUUCUGGAUUACCUCGUGGGUGUCGACUCACACCCUCAGUUGAUCAGUCGCGCAGUCAACAUUUUUGGUUUCUUUAUUGUCGCGAGAUGUUACACCAAUGCUGAAACAGACAUCAUUUGGAAAAACGUCAUUGAGAGCCAAGACAGUCGAAAUGUCUCUGUGCGCUUGACGAUGCUAAUUGACACAUUUUACAUGCACACUGCGUGCUCUCCAGAAUUGCAGUACAUCUGUCAAAAAGCUCUUGAACUCCCACUAGAGCGAUUCGAUUCGCGCAUGCUUAAGCUGUGUGAAAGCCUCUUUUAUCGGCUCACUGAUAACCAAGAUGGCGCAAUCCAUUAUUGUGAAGCUACCCCGUUGCGACUGUGUGUGCGUCUGAUUAGAGAGAGCACAGCAGCACCUGGCAUUUCUUUUGAGCAAAAGAGACAACUGCAAGCCUUUGGUAGCAAUCAACUGCAGGGUUUUAUUAGGUACGGAAUCACCGACUUGGAUCGAAUGGAAAUGUACGAGCGUUGCAUUCAGGACAUUGCCGAGAUGAACCAGUUUACCGUGGGAAGUAUCCAAGUGCUGAAUGCACUGAUUCCUUCACAUCAGGCUCAGGAGAUCUGGCGGUUGGCUACAGAAUUCGAUUUGACUCGUCUGGUCAUCAAUGAUCUCCUUCACACAGUGAAAGAGAGCCAUUUCGACUUCAAGGAUGCGUUCUCACAGCACGGUCUCACCUCGCGAGUUGCGAUCAUGUUUCGCCUCAUUGACGUGGCUCCGGAAACAAUCACCUCCGAACUCGGCAACGCGCUAUGGAACGAAGUACUGAUAUCUGACAAACUUGGCGUAGACGGACAUAGAUCUGUCUGGAGUGGGAUGAACCAAGCUUUGAGCCGCUGCACCCAGCCAAACUUGUUUUUGGAUCGUUGUCUCAACGAGUAUUUCCCACAGCUGGAGCCCAGUAACUUGUCCCAUGAGCUUCUAGCGUUUGCCAAACAGGCAAUUGGAUACGAAGUUCGCGCCAAUCCUGCGAGUUUUCCACGCGCCAAUGAAAAUGAGGUGGUUACCAUCCCUCGGAUGGAUCUCAUCUGGAAUUUCAUUUUGACUGCUCCAACUGGAUCAGUUGAGGAAGAUGCUAUAAAGUUUGCGAUCGAGGUCUACUUGGACAACCAAAUAAUCCGCACUUCGCCACCUUCUGCCGUUGAAGCCACUCACAUUGCGCUUGUCAACCGAUGCAUUGACCAGCUUAACUCUGCGGCUACAUCUCUGAAGGCUUUAGAAAAAACUCCAAACAGUGAUAAUGAGAAGUCAGGAUUGGAACUCGAGUUUAGACGCUCCAUUCUUUUCCUUCGUCAGUUUUUGUAUGGGCUCAGAAUUCGUCCACAUUACAGCCCUGCACAGGCGACUCCACCACAGCUUCCUUUGCGAGAACAGAAAGGUGACCCAAUCUCGAUUUCAUGGCAGGCGUUCAAUGGUACAAACAGUUCAAAAGUCAACACCUUGUGCAUUGGCAGCGAAUCAACGGCUGCAGAGCUUGUGGAGAGGCUUACACAGCUUGCUGGCUUUUCGAAACUCACAUCCAUUUGGGGUGGUCAUCGAAUUGAUCUACUUGAGAACCCAGACGCUUUCGUGAAGGAAAUCCUUCUUCAAGGUCUGCUUAUUGUGCGCAGAGCUCCCGAUGCUCAGGAACUAGUUCGCGCCAGUAGAGGCCCACCUCUAUCCUCGGUUGACUCGGAGGUGCUCAAGCAUUUCGAUGAGAUUUAUGACCUUCUUACCCUCAAAGAAGAUCUGGCCCGAGAGGCAUAUGUGUUCCUCGCUGCUUUUGAUGCACAAGAGCGGAUCUCACAGCUCGUGAGGUCAUCAGAGAGCAAUGAAGACGACUUGUUUCCUCUUCAGUCUCCUUUUAUCGCCCUCUACUCGUUCAAAACACUGGCUAUUUGUCUCCGCGAAGAAUCGUUACAGACUAUACCGAACCAAGAUUUUUUGUCGCAUAGUAUUGGCAUCUUAAUGAGAUUUUUGCUGUCAGAUGAGCUCUUGAUCUGCAAUCGAGAAAGACUUCAUCUAACUUUCUCAGCCGUCAAUUCCUUUUUCUCGGCCAUUUCCAUCUGUCAAUCCAGUGAUGAAUCUGCGGUGAUCCCAGAUGGAACUCGUUUCAUCAAGCGCCUCCUAGAUUUGAUCGAAAUUUCUCGUUCUCCUGAAGCAGUGUCACUUGAUCCUGCUAUCACUCAUAGUCUAACAUGUCGUAUCUUUGCAGUCCUUAUGGAAGGCUCGCUGCGCGACUACAAUUUCUGGAACCUCGUCAAGCAGGAGCUCAGCUUUGGAUUACUGGUUCAGACAUUGCUUCUGCAGGAAACCCGACAGGCCAUUCGCAUUGAUAUUGCGGAGACAAUCACCCUGAGCAUCUGCAAUCGGUCUAAGAUGCAAAAACGCAGAGCAUCGAUGGUAGAAGACACCCAUCCCGUUUCUGAUGUUGAGACUCCUGUUCGCAUCGACAUGAUUGCAACUAUCUGGAGCUAUCUGGUCCGCAUUAUUCCCAACACACCUGAAUAUGCCGGUCAGACUGCAGAGUUCUUCAAUGUUGCGUAUCGGGUAUUCACUACGGUUGUCGAAAAUUCUCCGCGCGACGUUGUAUUCGGUCGGUAUUUCAAAGAAUGGACUCAAGUUAUGCUUCGCCACCAGACCGAUGAGUUCGUUGGACGCCCAUCAAACGAUCAAUUGGUCCUGGGAUUUACUUUUUUGUUAGAGCUAUGCCUUGAGCAAGCCGAGGCUGCAAACAUUAACUUGGAAUACUCUGCGCUCGCUGAGGAGAUUGUCAGUCGAUACCUGUUCCCAAAUCUCUCGUCAGACCAUGGCCCGGUUACUCCUCUGGUCCCUAUCAUGCCUUCGAUGACCCGCCAGAAGCUCCUCAAAAUCAUUAGCCUUUUGUGCAAAAGGAGUGAUGACACUUUUCACAAAGUAGUCAACCAGCUGCAAGAGCUUGUUCCCCGAGGUGUGUACUCCAGCUCCGCUGAUGCGGAUGGACCGAACUCACCCUCUUCAACAGACUUUUCACUCGACGACAUGAAUAUGGACUUCGACAUACCUUUGACUAUCAGAGCGCCCGAAGGUUAUGCUGGUCUACAAAACCUGUCGAACACCUGCUACCUCAACUCGCUGAUGACACAGCUGUUCAUGAACGUUGAGUUCCGGGAUUUCAUGCUCAGGCUCCACCUAGUGGAUCCUGACUCAUCGCAGAAACUCCUAGAUGAGACUCAGAAGCUCUUUGCCUGGAUGCAAGGCACUUGGAGGAAAAGCUACGACCCUCAAUCGUUCGUGGAGAGUAUCAGGACCUACGAUAAUGAAGCAAUCGAUGUGACUAUCCAGAUGGAUGUGGACGAAUUUUACAAUCUGCUCUUUGAUCGCUGGGAGUCUCAAAUUGUUGAUGGAAGCGACAAGAGAAAAUUUCGGUCGUUUUAUGGUGGUCAGUUGGUUCAACAGAUUAAAUCCAUGGAGUGUUCCCAUAUUUCGGAGCGACUUGAGCCAUUCUCGGCCAUCCAAUGCGACAUCAAAGGCAAGGCUACCCUGAACGAGAGUCUGAAGGCCUAUGUUGAGGGUGAGAUAAUGCAAGGUGACAACAAAUACUCCUGCACGGGCUGUGAUCGCCAUGUCGAUGCUGUCAAGCGCGCCUGCUUGAAGGAGGUACCGAAUAACCUGAUAUUCCACUUGAAGCGAUUUGACUUCGACAUGGUCAACAUGCUGCGCAGCAAGAUCAAUGAUGAAUUCCAAUUCCCUGGUAUGAUUGAUAUGACCCCCUACAAGGUGGAAUAUCUUUCCGACCCGAGUGCCAACAUCGACCCCGAUAUCUUUGAACUGGUAGGAGUUCUGGUUCAUACUGGUACAGCUGAAUCUGGCCAUUAUUACUCGUACACUCGGGAACGUCCUGUCGCUGACUCUACCGCGUCAUGGGUAGAGUUCAAUGACUCUGAUGUCUCCAAGUUUGACCAGACUAGAAUCCCCGAUCAGUGCUUCGGUGGAUCGUCUAUCGGCAAUCAGAUGAAUAAAUCCUGGAAUGCAUACAUGCUGUUCUACCAGCGAAAGUCCGAAAUUGAGACCUUGAAGGAGGUCUACAAUCCGCCACAUGGAUUCCCAGUGCAGGUUCCUGUGCCGAGCCGCCUGGCGAAAUUCAUAUCAUUGGAAAACGAGAUUUUCAUUAGAAGAUACUGUCUUCUUGAUCCGUGGUAUGCAGACUUGGUGCAGCAUUUGCUUGAACAUCUGCCAAGAAUUGCCUACGAUUAUCCCCAUCGAGAGGUUCUCGAAAUAUCGGCCACAGAUGUUGGCCUUGACACCUUUGAGCAACUCACCGCUCAAAACAGAGACUACGUGAGCCACGAGGAUAUCUAUGCAAGCCUCUAUAAAUUGCUUUCGCGGAACCCACUGGCGGCAUUGCAAGUGCUGAAGUGGGCUGGUGACCGACCUUCCUCGCUUCGCAACUUGAUUCUCAAACCAAACAGCUCAGAGGCCCGGCAGCAAGGUAUCACGCUUGUCGUGAGAUCUCUAACACAUCUUCAAAUCCGACUCAGAGAUCCCAAUUCCAAAGUGGAUCUUCGGAGCAAAGUUGACGCCGCAGUUGAACAACUCGUUAAAAUUAUUUCGGCUUUGUGGACUGCAGUCCAACUCACACCUCGCGCUUGGGAUGAUUACUUUGACUUGAUAGUGCAGCUUGUUGAUUGCAGGUUUGAAAUUGCAGGUUUGCUACUCGAGCAAAAUUUCUUCUUCAGGAUUCUACAAAUCAUGUUCCUUGAUCCUGAUGACCUCAGGACUCUCGGAGAUUUUUGUCUGAACUACUGUCGGUCGCUGGAAAGAGGCAGAAAGUUCAUCUAUACACAAAUGAUGGUCCUUUGUGUGCUCUUCUUCAAGAGUGUUGAUUUCAUGUUGCCGUCGGUUUCUGCUCGCGACAUCCGCCGUCUGUCUGACGAUGGCAAAUAUCCACCGAGUGUCAGCGAAUGCGCAUUGAUCUGUCCUUGUGAUCCGAAAGAUUGUACGAAUAUCUUCCUUAUGCGGAUGCUCCAAAACGAGACCAUCGGCGCUCAUUCAUACAUCCGCAAAGUCUUCGGAGCGUUUGUUACGGCGACACUCCCAAUGGAAGGGGCUCUAAAGCAAAUCAUCAAGACAUUGGAAAAUGGGCUACGCUUCUCUCCGGCUGAUGCAUGUAUACCCUUUCUCGCAGCGACACUUGAGUUCUGUGAAAUUGGUCCGUCGAAACAUGAUAUCAGUCAGAUGAUUGCCUAUGCCGCCAAGGGCGUUGAGUCAAUCGACAAUCACGCCGGUAAAGAACAUGCUCAACUAUUCCGCCUCAUCUGUGGGGUGGCUAAUGAGGAAUUAAAUCUGAGUCCUGACUGGUUCACAUCUGUCGUUCAAGAUGUGAUCCCAGAUUUCGCCCCGACGCUGCUUCUUUAUGCAGAUGAUGCAGGUGUACGUAGAAAGACUCUUGAGCUUAUCACCGGUCUUCUCUUUGAAUACACCAAUGAGAAUGAUCCCGAUGAUUGGGAAGUUCGGCGUUCGCGUAUCAGUCGUGAACUGUUGGCAAGCUGCCUGGAACAGAUCAGAGCCUCAUGCCUUCAGAUUCCUGUACGUCGCCUUGAGACAAACCUCGUUUCCGCAAUCACUUCAGCCACUACACGUUGCUUGGAUUACCUGACCGAUGACGAGGACGAUCAACAAGCUAAGCAAUCCGCACAAGACAUUCUUGGACUCCUCGAAAAGAUUGUGUUUGACGAUCCCGAAGAUCUCGUCUCAGAGUCUGAACUUCCAUCCCCCGACGAAUGGGAAGCCAUGUCCAUGGCGAGCGACUCCGAUUUGGGUAUUGCAAGAACCCCUUAA